AAGGAGAACACACCUGUGGAGCAAACAUAAAAAGAGGAUAUCACCUUGGAAGGCAUUACAGGGCCCCUCAUUUGAGCUGAACUGGCAGACGAGGCAACACACUGACCAACAGAGUGACACCGCAGACGAGGCAACACACUGACCAACAGAGUGGACCUCUUUCUCACCCUCGCCCACCUCCACCUGCUGAUCACUGGGACCUCAAGCAUCCACAACGAUGGGGACUUUCCUGUUUCUGCUUCUACUGUUUUCAGGUCUGUGCAGUCUCUCCUCCUGUGUGCCACGUAAGUUCCAUGUGGUGAAGGAGGAUAAGAACUGGACAGAAGCUCAGCGCUACUGCAGAGAUGAGUUCACUGACCUCGCCACCAUAAACAACAUGAGGGAGAUGGAGAUGUUAAAUAGCACAAAGAAUAAAACAGGUAAUGCAAAUGCUUGGAUUGGGCUGAAGCAGGGAAGCAGUCCUAAGUGGCAGUGGUCUCUGGCUGACAGGGAUUUCUACAGAGAGGAUAAGGCAGAGUUCAGGAAGUGGGACUCAGACCAGCCACAAGGAACAACGAACUGCACUGUGAUGGGAAAAGGAGAUGGGGAAUGGCACAAUGAAUGCUGUUCUGCCACCAAGCCCUUCAUCUGCUAUGAUGACAAACUGGUUCUGGUUCGUCAGAAUAAGACCUGGAUAGAGGCGCUGCAGUACUGCAGAGAGCACCAUGUGGACCUGGUGUCUGUGACCUCCGAGCGGAUCCAGCGCUGGGUGAGGGGGCGGGCUAAAGGAGCCUCCAGUACUCACGUGUGGCUGGGCCUGCGCUACUCCUGCAUGGGCUUCUGGUUCUGGGUCAACGGAGAGGCAGUCUGCUACAACAACUUGGCCCAAGCGGGAGAGACAGGGCAGGACUGCCAGAGUGCCAGAGUGGGGGCAGUGGAGUCUGGAGGAGACAGGGAGGGAGAGUGGGUCAUGCGUCCAGAGACCGACAAACACUACUUCAUCUGCACCAAUUAGGAUUUGUAGAACUGGAUCCUCCUCGACCCAGAGCAGCAGUGGAGGAACUCCCCAUGGUCCUAGAGCUCUCAUCUGUACUUAGCAGUUGUUUUAUAAUAAACAGCUACACAACAUUUAAUUAAAAGCUAUACAACUACAAUCACAUUCCUGUUCUCUUCCACACCAAUUAUGUAUCUGUGUUAAAUGUGCUGGAAGGUCGGUAAAUGGAUAUAGUUUAAAAGUUGUAAUUCUACAGUGUGUUUUCAUUAGCAAUGAUGUCAUGUUUUGACAAAUGUACACUCCUGUGCUGAAUGCUUUCUGUUCCUGACAUUGCUGUUUUUAUUGGUAUCAUUCUUCUUUCUUAUCCAGUAUGCAUCGUCUGUUUUUAUUAGUAUCAAUCUUCUUUCUUAUCUACUAUGUAUGGUCUCUAAAUGGGGUUCUGAGCUCACCCCUUAAUAAAGAUUUUUUUGAUCGGCAAA